ACCCCCCCAGGCCCUGCCUGGCCGCUGGACAUGGGGGUUCACCCAGCGCCUCUUAAUGCACACGGACUGUACUGGGUGCUGGGGUCCCAACCUGUCGGAUCAGGGUUCCAUCCUUGAGGAAGCACUUGGGGAGGGCAGGCAGCCGCGGGGACAGUGGUGGCAGGCGAAGACCCGGGGAGAAUGUGUGAGGAGGGUCCGCUGCGGUGUGAGCUGGCAGACCCUGGCCCAGAGCUCACGGCUGGAGGUGCCCCCGAGCUCACUACCCCUCCUCUGGCCGCGCUUCUCUGUUGGUCAGCCGGAAACUCCAGCCCUAUGGUCAGAUCAGCCGCGGACAUGAUGAGCACCAAGGCCUUCACCCUGGUCCCCGCCGUCGAGCGGGAGCAGCUGAUGGGCGACAGGGAGCGGGUGUCCCUGGAGUGCGUGGAGUGCUGCGGCCGGAACCUGUACGUGGGCACCAGCGACUGCUUCGUGUACCGCUUCCUGCUGGAGGAGAAGGCCGUGCCCGGCGGGUCGGCCACCUUCACGGCCACCAAGCAGCUGCACAGACACCUGGGUUUCAAGAAGCCGGUGAAUGAGCUGCGGGCGGCGUCGGCCCUUCACCGCCUGCUGGUGCUGUGUGACAGCUCCAUCACCCUGGUCCACAUGCUGAGCCUGGAGCCCGUGCCCUCGGGUGCCCGCAUCAAGGGGGCCGCGGCCUUCGCCUUGAACGAGAACCCGGUGAGCGGAGACCCCUUCUGCGUGGAGGUCUGCAUCAUCUCCGUCAAGCGCAGAACCAUCCAGGUGUUCCUGGUGUACGAGGACCGCGUGCAGAUCGUCAGGGAGGUGUCCACUCCGGAGCAGCCCCUGGCGGUGGCGGUGGACGGCCACUUCCUGUGCCUGGCCCUCACCACCCAGUACAUCAUCCUCAACUAUAGCACGGGCGUCGCCCAGGACCUGUUUCCCUUCUGCAGCGAGGAGAAGCGGCCCAUCGUCAAGAGGAUAGGGAGACAGGAGUUCCUCCUGGCGGGCCCCGGCGGAUUGGGCAUGUUUGCCACGGUGGCCGGGAUAUCUCAGCGCGCGCCCGUGCGCUGGUCGGAGAACGUGGUUGGAGCGGCCGUCUGCUUCCCAUAUGUCAUUGCCCUCGACAGCGAGUUCAUCACCGUUCACAGCAUGCUGGACCAGCAGCAAAAGCAGACCCUGCCCUUUAAGGAAGGUCACAUCCUCCAGGAUUUUGAAGGAAGAGUGAUUGUCGCCACGAGUAAAGGAGUUUACGUCUUGGUUCCGUUACCUCUGGAAAAACAAAUACAGGAUCUUCUAGCAAGCCGGAGAGUGGAGGAGGCUCUGAUUCUAGCGAAAGGCGCCCGGAGGAACAUUCCAAAGGAAAAAUUUCAGGUCAUGUACCGGCGGAUUCUGCAGCAGGCGGGCUUCAUACAGUUUGCGCAGCUUCAGUUCCUGGAGGCUAAAGAACUCUUCAGAAGCGGCCAGCUCGACGUGCGGGAGCUGAUCUCGCUGUACCCCUUCCUGCUGCCCACGUCCUCCUCGUUCACCCGGUCCCACCCUCCUCUGCACGAGUUUGCAGACCUCAACCAGCUGACCCAGGGCGACCAGGAGAAGGUGGCCAAGUGCAAGCGCUUCCUCAUGAGCUACCUGAACGAAGUCCGCAGCACGGAGGUGGCCAACGGCUACAAGGAGGACAUUGACACAGCCCUGCUCAAGCUGUACACGGAGGCUGACCACGACAGCCUGCUGGACCUCCUGGUCACCGAGAACUUCUGUCUGCUCACCGACAGCGCCGCCUGGCUGGAGAAGCACAAAAAGUACUUUGCACUGGGGCUGCUCUAUCAUUACAACCACCAAGACGCUGCUGCCGUUCAGCUGUGGGUGAGCAUCGUGAACGGGGAUAUUCACGACUCCACGCGCUCAGACCUGUACGAGUACAUCGUGGAUUUCCUCACCUACAGCCUCGACCCGGACCUCGUGUGGCACUAUGCUGACUGGGUCUUGCAGAAAAAUCCGGAGGUCGGAGUUCAAGUUUUCACCAAGAGACCUGUGGACGAACAGCAGAGUAGAUUUAACCCAGAUGAUAUCAUCAGUUGCCUUAAGAAAUACCCGCAAGCCCUGGUUAAGUACCUAGAACAUCUGGUCACGGACAGGAGACUGCAGAAGGAGGAGUACCACACGCACUUAGCCGUCCUCUACCUGGAUGAGGUGCUGCAGCAGAGGCCCAGCGCCAAUGGCAAGGAUGCAGAAGUGACCGAGACGCAGGCGAAGCUGCGACGCCUGCUCCAGAAGUCUGAUUUGUACCGAGUCCACUUCCUGCUGGACCGGAUCCGGGGUGCCGGGCUCCCCAUGGAGAGCGCCAUCCUGCACGGGAAGCUGGAGCGGCACGAGGAGGCCCUGCACAUCCUGGUCCACGAGCUGGCCGACUUCCCGGCGGCGGAGGACUACUGCCUGUGGCGCUCCGAGGGCCGUGACCCGCCCGCCCGCCAGCGGCUCUUCCACCUGCUGCUGGCCAUGUACCUGGGCCCCGGCCCCUCUGCGCCCGAGCUGGCCGUGGCCGCCGUGGACCUCCUGAACCGCCAUGCCGCCGAGUUCGACGUGGCCCGGGUCCUGCAGCUGCUGCCGGGCACGUGGUCGGUGCAGCUGCUCUGCCCGUUCCUGACGGGGGCCGUGAGGGACAGCGUCCACGCCCGGAGGACCACUCAGGUGGCUGUGGGCCUGGCCAAGUCCGAAAACUUGAUCUACAAAUACGACAAGAUGAAGCUGAAAGGAAGCUCAGUUCGGCUCUCAGACAAAAAGCUUUGCCAGAUGUGCCAAAACCCCUUUUGCGAGCCCGUGUUUGUUAGGUAUCCGAACGGUGGUCUCGUCCACACCCACUGUGCGGCCAGCAGGCACUCGAACCCCAGCUGCCCCAGCCCCGGGGCUCGGACUUGAAGAGGCCGGGCCGAGGGCUCCUUACCAAGCCGGCCGGGUGCACAGAGCAGGGGGCCGCGUCAGCCGUCAUCUGGUGCUGGGGGGCUUCAGUCCGUGGGAAGUGGGAUGCGGCCGACCCCCUGCAUCGGAUGGAAACGGGUAAUCCCCAAAAUAGAGACAUGCCAGAUUCACCCGUCCAGGGACAUCGCCACCCAAAACAGAUGUCUGCUCCGAAAGGAAAUAAGCCUUCCUGUGCCACCCGGACAAACCGGGCCCCGCACCCCGAGCCCCGAUCUGUAGACACGUAUUUGCACUGGAAACGUUUGCUCCGGUGGCACGGAGGGGACCGCGUCCUGGCGGGCGAGCGGCCAGGGCGCAGAGCUCUCCAUCCUCCCCGCCUGGCCACCGGUCACCCUGCGGGCUCUGCCUUUGCCCUGAGGGACAGCUGACCUCAGGGAGGUAUCUUUGUUCCUUCCCACUUCCUAUCUGGCUUCCAACCCCUAAAGAUCUGCCUGGGUACCCAGGCCCUCCCUUUGGGGUAAAUGCAUUCGCUUCUGGCUGCCUCGCAAGUGAAGGCCCCGAGAAGCUGUGGACGUGCCAGGAGGAGCCGCUCGCAGGUCUGGAGCCGACGGCAGGGGGCAGGGGCACACGGCGCAUCGCCCGCCGGUUUGUAACUCCAUGAUUAACGUGUUCAAUUAGAACUUUUAAUUUGGCGUUAUAUCUUCUUUGUGACUUUUCUCUCUUUUGGAAAUUCACCUCCGUCAUGUUCAUUAGGGACGUUUUUCUUUGUUACCCCCCAUUGAUUCCUCGAGAAAUGAAAAGGGAAAGGUCGUGAGCACAAGCCAAGCGUGUUUUCCGGGGCGGCUGGUGGUCACCUCCACGCUGGCCAGGGCGGGCCGUGGGCGACGGCUGCCCUGCGCGACGGGGGCGUCACCCCUCCCGAGGGAGCGCCGCCCCCAGAGGAAGUCCAGGCAGGCUGCCUUACCUCUAGCACUUUACACGCCUGCCCUGCGGCUUCCUGGACACACGGGACAGACACCUCCCGCAUCACAGACCCCGCGUCCAUUCCGCGUCUCUGCCCAGCAUCGCGGAGAAGCUGACGCUGUCGUUACUUCACUGCCCUCUCCUGAAUUUCUUCCCGGUGAUUAUCGACUCUAUCAGGGACUAAGAAGAAAGAUGCCGUGACGCCUGGCAAACGUGCGUCGGCUCGUGUGUGUGACAAGGGGACCCCGGGACCCGGCCCCUCUCCUUCAGCCCAGGCCUUAACAGACGGGGUGGAGAGCUCGUCCUCCCUGCUGUGAAAACGCUUUCUGUACUAUCACGGUCACUGUUCUCUCUCCUCUUGUGAUUCCAAGGGGGUCCAGAAACUCUUCCCUACGGUGUCUCGAUUUCUGAAGAAUAAAUGAUGAAGGAGUUCUUGCAGCUCAGCCGUGUGCUGUGUAAGCUGGUGUGAAUGAAUGCCCAGUCACGAGUCUUCACCCUGCGGAUGGCUGUGAAGGAACGGCCGUGUGCCUGGGGACGUUACCAUCACGACUCGUGAGUUUGGGGUUAUCCCUCAGAGAACAAGCGGCUAGGACACGGAAAACUGCACCUGUAAAAGCACUGUUUCUCUCCACGAGAUGGGUACAAUCCUGGAAAAGCCUUCGGAUUGUUCCUUUCUCACUUGGGGGCACUGGUCUCUCUUUGCUCUGAACACUGAUCAGUAUUUUGAAAUGUUUGUUAGCCUUUAGAAUAAUGGGAACUGAAGUUGAGCAGUUUUCUGUCUCUACUCUAGAAUCCGCUAAUGCAGCAGAAUUCUCUGACCCUGUGCAGGAUUGUUAAAAACCUUGCCUUUCUCUAACUCCCACGAGGCCCUUUUCUCAAAUCAUAUUUUUAAAAGAAAUACGUGGUUCUUUCUAAAGACCUGCUCUCUUGUGAUUGUGCCACUGGUUAGAGGAAUUGGAACCAUCACUUGGCCCUUGUCCCCCUGGGUCGGUUCGAUGUCACCAUCCUAGUUAAAAUAGCAUGAACUGGACUCAGCUGACAUUAGUAUUCUCUGGGCAAGACUCUUCAAUUUCAUGAGCUGGUUUUCUGCUGUCGCUUAUCAGGUAUCCAUGUGGGAGUGGCACGUGGGCUAUGGAGCCUUGAGCCCGCGCUCAGAGCUGGAAGGCCCCGGGCCUGAGCCCCAGAUGUGCUUGUGGUGGGGCUCCAGGGGCCCUGGGUACCACCCUUGAGUCACUGCCUGUCACACAGCCGGGGUAACCUGGGCUUCCCCCUCGCCCGCCUAUGGAAACCUGGUCCUUUCAACUUUACCCUCUGCACCUGGUUGGAUCCCAAAUACACGAGAUGUACAAAUGUAAACUUGUUGAUUUUAUUAAAGUUCUUUUAAUUCUUUGU